AUGGCGUCGGGAGGCGAGGGCGGGCCGCGGGACCCGCGCGCGCUCCGCCGGCGCUCGGCGCAGAACGGCUCUGGCGCGGAGGGAGACCAGGGCGCCGCGGGCGCGGGCGGCAUGAGGCUCAAAAUCAAGCCCGGGAAGAUCAGGCACGGGAAGUAUAAGCCGCCGUUCAGGUAUGAGCCUGGGCCCAAGGCGGGGCUGCAGUCCAAGACAGGGGCGGGGAACGAGAUCAGUCCGACGGGGAAGCCGCUGAGCGAGUUCACGUACAAGAGGCAGCUCGCAGCUCUGACAGAGAUCUACGACGCGCCGCUGACGGGCUCGGAGGACCUCGAGGCGUUCUACGCCAAGCAGCAGGAGCUGUACCGCGCGCGGUGGGUGGAGAAGGCGCGUAGCAGGGACGCAGAGGACUUCCGCGACGAGCUGGCGGAGUUCCGGGAACGCCUCGAGCGGCGCAGGCACCCCCUGGGCGUGCCGACGCCCGAGGAGGGCCACGGAGCGCGCACGGAAGAGAGGCUCUACCGGGAGCGCUUCCGCAGCGUGCUGGGCGACGUCGCGGACAUGGGGCACAUGGACCGCGCCCUGGCGCUCGUCGACAGCGACUUCGACCCCCAGGAGCUCCUCAGAUGCGGGUUGAUUCGGCCGUACGUGGACGCGGGCUGGACGAAGCACCGCCCCGGCCAGCUGGCACGCUGCCAGCUCUGCAUGAUGAGAAAGGACGGUCGGUGCGGGCAGAUCGGCGCCGCGAGCCACGAAUGCCUCCGCAACUGCGGCCUUCUGCUUCCGCGGAACAUGGCGUUCGCUUUCAUGAACGCGGAGGACCCCUGGGUGGAGCAUGCCAGCCAGGGGGGGCGCGCGGGCGGCGGCGGGGGCGCAGUGGCCUCCGCAGUGCCGAUGCGGCUGCAAGGGAAGCCGAAACGGAAGCGCGAGGACGAGUCCGAGGAUCCUGGGUUCGAUAGGCGGCGCGCUGCGGGCAGCGGGAGUGCGGGCGGCGACGCGGACUGCGACGACGACAGCGCGUCGGCGUCGGGGGAGUUGGAUCGGCGGGGGGGAGUUGGAGGGGGGGUCGAGAUGGAGAGGGCGCGGACGGUGGGGCGGCAGGGUGGCGGCGGCGCGGAGGCUCCGGUGGCGGCGCGGGCGAAUCCUCGGAAGCGGCAGCCGGCACCGGCAAGCGGCGUGGCGGUGGGCGACGCGGGCGGGCGGGCGCCGCUGGCGUUCCGUGCGCCGGCGCCCUCGAGAGGCGAAGACACGCCUAGCCUGGCGCGCGGCAUGGGCGCGGGGUCCGUGGCGCCCGGCUGCCUGGACACCGACCUGGACCCGCUCGUGGGCCACGAGGGCCCUGACGCGGUCGCGGCGUGGGCGGCAGUCGCCAAGGAGCACGCGGACAAGGAAGCACAGUCUCUCAAGGCGCUCUUGAUGCGGCGGAGCAUCGUGGACCAGGAGCAGCAGGAGCUGCUGGACCGGCAGGAGCAGUUGCAGGAGGAGGUGCGGGGGUGGCGGAAGGAGCAGGAGGGUAUGCGGGCGGCGGUGGCCCAGGCGGAGGCGAGGAGGCGGCGCGUGCGGGAGAUGCUGCAGGGCAUGCUGAAUGUGGUGUAG